ACCAAACAUAAAAACUUUUGCUAAUAGAAGACUAACUUUGAACUUUUGAAGGGUAACGAAUUGAAAGUACUAACUGAAGAAGUUAUACUAGCACACGGCAGCCAUGCGCCUUCGCGUGGGCGUUAUAUUUCUGGUUCUUGCAGCGGUGACAGCAGCGACUGAGCUGCCUUCUGCCGCCACCUACACGCAGCCUGGCAACGCCUUCAUCGCCGUGUUCGCGGGUCUCCACAAGCCGGCGGCUCGUGGCGUCGCUGCUGCCGGCAACGCCACAGGGACUGUGGGUGGCGAUGAGCCGUGUGGCGAUGUGGCGUGGCGUGGAGUGCAGCAAGCCACAGCCGCCGAGUGGGCGCUGCAGGCUGCCAAUGCACAAACAAAUCCAGACCACUUGAUCGGAUUACGCGUGCUGGACACCUGCGGUGACGCCACCACAGCCCUGCAGCAGCUGCUGCACCUUGUCGCCUCCACUGGAAUUCAGGGCUCGCCGUCCCUCAUUGGCGUGGUGUCCGUGGAGGACGCGACUGUGACGAGCGCGUUGCUGCCGCUGCUGACCUCGCUGUCAGUGCCGCUCGUGGUGACCUCACUCGAGGCAUCGUAUGACCUCCCGCCCUCACCAGUCCUCUUCUCGGCCAGCCCGCACCUUGAAACGCUCACCAAGAGCAUCGUUGCGGUAGUGGGGCAGAUGCUGUCUCGGGACGGUGAUCGUGCCGACGGACAUGGUGGUGGACCUGCUGGUGGUCGUGACGAUGGACGUGACGAUGGACAUAGUGGUGGACCUGGCGGUGGACAUGGCGGUGGACAUGCUGGUGGACAUGACGACGGACAUGACGAUGGACGUGUGGGCUAUGGCCGCGUGGUCGCGCUGUGGUCAUGCGAGCGCGCGGCACGGCAGCUGCGCGCAGAGGUCGGCAGGGCAGGACUCGUCAUCAGCGCGGAGAUGAAACUCAGCUUCAGCAGUCCUGGGUCUCCCCACCCCGCAACUCUGCGGGACCAAAUCUCCAGCUUCGUCGACGACACAAACCUCAGCAGUGACGACGUAGGGAUCCUGCUGCUGACGGUGCAGGAGGCGCGGCAGCUCCUGCCUGACGGCGACCGCCCUCAGCGGAGGCUCCCUCAGCUGCGGUGGCUGCUGGCCUCCCUCGAGGACGACCCGCAGGCCGUGCACACUGAAAUACUCCAGUUGCACACUGAGCUGCCUGGCUUGGUGGUGGUUGGUCCCCACAGCCCCAACUUGAGCGCCCUGCAACGCCACCUUGCCGACGAGGUCUGUGACGAAACCAACAACGCCAACCACGAAACCAACAACGCCAACCACGAAACCAACAACGCCUACCACGAAACCAACAACGUCAACCACGAAACCAACAACGCCAACCACGAAACUAACAACGCCAACCACGAAACCAACAACGCCAACCACGAAACUAACAACGGCAACCACGAAACCAACAACGCCAACCACGAAACCAACAACGCAAACCACGAAACCAACCACGUCAACCACGAACACCCCUUGACACCCCCCGAGAUAAGCCCCCCGUCCCCAACACCUACCACCGAGGUACAGAAGGGCAGGGAAGCAGUUAAGCUCUCCAGAAGGCGUCGCUCUUAUGAAGGGAAACUUCCUGACGGAGAUGGAGCCGCGACCGCCUUGUCCAACUCCCCGCUCAACAGCUCGCGGUCGUCUAUCUUGUGGCCGGUGCUGCAUGAAUAUUGCAGCGUCAUCUCGCAACAGGUCGCGGGGUGGGACGAAGGUCCCGGGACGGUAGACGCGUCCCUGUCAGCGUCGGUGCUGCGCGCCGUGUCGUCCCUGACGGCGGCCUACAGGCUCCUGCAGCUCGACUUGUGUCCCGACCGUCCCAGCCAAUGUCCCGGCAAGCUCGACGCGUCUCUGCACAAAAAGCUCGUGGGGAAGCUGGGGUCUCUGUCACACGAGGGGGGCGUGGGGGCAGAGCGCCUGCGCUACACGGCAGACGCGCGCCUGCGCACAGACUACUCCGUGGUGACCGUCGUGUCGGGGCACGCACUGCGGGUGGGCCAAUACUUGGAGGGGACGGGCAUGCAGUGGGCGGAGGAGCCGUGGCCCCUCACGUCCCCUCGUGAGGAGACCGUCCCCUCCCCCAGCUACGUCCCUCGGCUGUCUAAACCCCUCGUGUCACGUCAUCCUGUGCGCCCCAUUGUUCAGCAGUACGACGAGGGCUGGCGGGGUACGACGUGGUCUGUGCUGUCGUGCGUCGUGGCCGCCGUGGGGCUCGUCUGCUGCUGCUGCUUCCUCGCCUUCAUCGUCGCCCGCGCCUGCGACGGCAGCGUCGCCUGUCGUGAGGUGCCCGGUGUGCUGAUACUACUAGGGACAUGCUGCGUGUUUAUCGGUGUCAUCGUGCUGAUCGUGCCCGUGGCCGUGCACGACUUGGAGCUGCUGUGCUGCCUGCAGCACGUCGUGCCCUACGUGGCCACGGCCUUCACCUACGCGGCCAUCCUCACCAAGGCGCUGCACCUGCUCGUCCUCCACGCCCUCACACCUCAUACACAGUUUCAGAUGCCGUCUGCACUUCUGUAUUUGCCGUUGGCAGCACUCGUGGCACUAGCAGCUUUAGUAGCAGCGCUUGGGGACCCAACGACUUUGCACUUCAUCCUCCCCAACGAAAUAAACCCCCAUGCUACAUCAGCACCACAGCCUGUGGCACUGGAUCAUGACCACAGUGUCAGUGACUCUGGCACCGUUCGCCUGGAACUCGAUCCUUCACAGGAUGGCACUGGCCCGCUGCCUGUCGUCGCAGGACCUGAAGAUAAUUCGUACAUGACAGUGGAGCUGUGCAAGAGGCCUGAUCAAGUUCCUCUUAUGUUAGGCUAUGGGUAUCUCAUCACUAUGCUGGUCAUCACCAUCGCUAUGCUCGUAUCCGUUAAGACGCCCAAGAAAGAUACCAGGAGCCUCCGCGAGUGUCGGCGCAUGAUGGCGCUGUGCUGCGUCUCCGUGCCGCUGGUGCUGCUGUGGGGCGCCGUGACACUGUGGGCGCCGCUGCCCCUGCAGCCACAGCUCGAGGCGUUCGCCCUCUUGCUCAUCGCCUACGCCGUCCUCGCGCUCGUCAUCGUCCCGCAGUUCGCCCACAUCUCCUCGCGCACCGUACAACAGUUCAGUCACAAACCUCUGUCCCAAGCUGGAACGAUCUCGACGGUGUUCAAGAUCCCCCCGAACUCUGGUCAAAAGUUUCCCUCUUCCGUCGUCGCGUACAAGAGCCGCAGCGAUGACGCUGGCCGUCGUUUCUCGGACAUAUACUUCGGCCGAGAUUUGUCCAACAAAAAUCUCAAAUGCGACAACUUGUCCAACUGGACGACAUUGCGUGCCCCCGUAUCUAAGAAAUACGAAGCUAGCUGGAACUCCAUGGACGCUUUGCAAACUCCAAGGCAUGGAGGCUACCAGAAGAGAAUUAGCGGCUUUCCUCAGGAGGGCAUACGUGACGGCAAACAAACCAUGGAAACGUUCCGCUAGUGGACAAUAAAUUCUUGGAAGGAGCUUGUGCCUCCGCAUUUCCAAUAUAUGGCAACAGGAAAAUAAUACGAUGUAUAAUCCGGUUAAUACAUUUUUGUUCAUGGUGCACAUUAUUCACGAAAUAAUGUUGAAUGGAACUUGUGUCCUCGUAUCCUCAAUAUAUAUCAACAGGAAUAUAAUACGAUGAAGAAUCCGAUUAGCACAUUUUUGUUCAUAUUGCACAUUACUCAAGAAAUAAGUACGGCAGCACUGAAAGUUCAUGUAAGUUAAGUCUUAAAGCUUUCAAGACGCCAAUGUUGUGCUUAUUUAACUUAUUUCUAUUACAGUUAUUGCACAUAUUGUACUGGAGACGUUGGAGUUGUCAAGGUUACGCGCGUCCUUUGAACUUGUGCACAAAUUCUACUGAGCCGUGAUAUAAUAUUACAAAGGAUUUAUUAUAAUAAAUAAGUUAAACUCGAACUUGUUCACCAUUCCAAAGCACUGCGUUGAUCUGUUUAGAUAGGAUUUUUGGUCAAGGAAUUAUUGCAUUGUUAUUUUUGUGAACUAUUUCAAGGAAUUUUAGAGGCUGUAACUUACCGUUUACGAACUAAGCUCAACUUACCCUGUUUUAAUGGAUUACAGUGAGAGUGUUCAACUACUAUGUAAUAUGCAGGUAUUCAUGAUUUAUUUGCCUAAUGUUGCGUUCAUUUUUGAUGUAGGAAUUCAUUUUAAUAAGUUUAUGUUUAAUCCAGCUGCACUCUUGAUAGUCAAUUGAAUUACCGACUAUCGACAGCCGUGAGUUCAGUGAAAAGAACACCAUUUACGGACUAAUCUGAGCUUAAGUUCCCUGUAUUCUAAUGGCUACGUAGUGAGAGGCCAAAUUUGAGCAUAUCAUCUUAUGGGUUGGAGGCUCAAGUGUGUUCUUUAUUUAUAAAGAAGCAGAAAACCAAUAAAUAAUUGGCUUGAAUUUUGCAGUGCUGCUACCACGCCUGGUGGUUCCAAAGCAUCAUCUCUCAAGUCAGUUUAUUAAGAUUAUAUUACAAUCUUAAAGUAAUUAUGAAGUAAUUCAUAUUCAUUCUGUGCGAGUAUUUUGCCUCUUUUCCUUAGGAAGAAACUAUUCCUAUAUAACUGGGCGUUCCAACCGAAAAUCUCACUAAAAUAUUUAGUAAUGAGGUUUUCACAGAACUAGAUUGGAUUCGUUCGUAUUGAGUAAAUCACUUGCUUAAAUCAAUGUAAUUCAAUGGAGUCAAACGCACGUCUCCUGGAAACUUGAGUAUAAUAUAAAUGAUAACGUCGACACUGGGCUGAUAUUGAUGAUACGUAUUAAGCUUUUACGAACGAUACAAACGAUACUCAACUUGCAUCGAAGGUGCUCAGAUAAAUUAGCUUGUAAAUAAAUAACCUUCACG